GAAUGAAGUAUUUAAGUCUUGCUUUAUUUUAAGGAUAAUAAUAUCAGCCGCCAAAGUGCGCGUUUCACACGCGUCGUACGCUACUGCGUCACUCCGGUGACUCCGUAUUAUCUACUUUGAUAAGUUAACUCUCUCCGCGAUCAUCCACUCCCUUGAGAAGCUGAAUUGCAAUCAUUUUUCGCAUCUUAGAAAACCGCGAUCGGUAUGGGUGGCGGAGGAGCGAUGAAGGCGGCGGCGAAGGUUGCCGGGAUCGGCGUUGCUAACAGCGUUCGAGGAUUCGUGCCGGACCAUCCAGUAUGUGCCGCUGCGCGUAUGGCCGUUCGUCCGGUCUCCGUUUUCGCCGGAUCUUCUUCUUCGGACGAUGCCAAGGGGCUUAUGCUCCCUGUUUCGGCGGUGGAUGGCGCGUCCGUGCAGAUGCCUUGUUCGGAGUUUGAUGACUGGGAAUUUCCAGACGUAGAGGAGGGGCCACCUCCACGGCUCAUUUUUUCCGGCACGCCUACUCUCCAGGAAGCCAAAGAGGCCACCUCUGACCUCAAAGAGGCUAUUGAGAAGUAAAAUUGUUCCUUUCCACUUUGAAUUUCAUGUUAUUUACGAUAUAUUGAAUAAUAACUUCAUUUAUGAUGUAUGACUAAUGAUUUUUCCCGGACCAUACUUUCUAUGUAUUCUGAAUGUCUUGUGUUGAGAAGUAGAUAUUGUUGUCAGAUUGCUUCUUUGUUAUGAAGCCUUCAUGCAAUUUUCGACUCCAUUUUCAUCCUCAUCCCCAAACAGUCUCUCCCCCUUUAGUAUAGGGGUAAGGGCUGUGUACAUCCGACCCCCUCACCCCAUCACUGGAGGUGGCAGCCUUUGCGGCAGUGGGGUGAUGUUGUUGUUGUUGUGUAUUACUUCUUGCUUAUGUGUAGUGAUCGUGUUGGGUUAAUUGACAUGUUUGCCUGAAUGAAUUACAUUCCAGCGUGUUUUUGUCUCCUAAAAACAAAUUUGGAGGUUCUAGAGCCACUGGUGCAGAUCUGUUUUCAAAUUCGAAUGACGUGGACACUAAAUCUUGUGUUAAUGCUGAAACAGCAGUUAUUAAGAGCUUAGCACCAACAAAUGCCUUUCAGGCGUUCAUGUUACUAUGUGAAAGUUCUGCUGCUCAGGUUUGUUUCGCGCCAUUGAUGUUGACAUGUUGUUAAUUGUUUGCUGUUCUAACGAUGUUCUUAAUUAGGUACUCCGUAUAUGAUAGUACUAGUGACCCCAAACUCUUUUGGGACUAAGGUUUGGAUGUUGUAUAGGAAAGUACUUGUAUCUCUGUAAUUCUGUAGAACAAAAACGUGUGUUUCCUUACCUUGAUUAUGUAUAGAUUGGUUUGAGUCUGUGACCCUUUACCUUUGCCUGUGAUGUUUACCAUUUUUUCCUCUUCAAUCAACAUGGAACCUUUGAAUUAGACUCUAAAAUGCCGACUCUGGUAUGUUGUUUUCCAGAAUGUUGUUGCUUCAAUUGCUUGUGAUCCAAAUGUUCACAGCGCUGUGAUGGUGAAUCCUGAGCUGCAGAAGUUCCUUACAACAUUCAAAAGCGGUCCUUGCCAUCCCGGCGGAGACAAUGUGGGAGUAGAGGAAUCUGUAGGGGAGAAUGAGGCACCAUACCAAGCUGCAUCAAAAAGCAUAGAUGAGCCAGCACAUACUGGGAGUGGGUUUGCCGAUUUCUUCAAGAAUAUCAAGGUGGCUGUGGUAGAUAUGAUAAACAGCUUAUCUGGUUACCUGGAAAAUAUAUUCAGUGGAGGGUACAGUGUAGUGGGAAGCGGCGACGGAAGUGCAAAAGUGAGUGGUGUGGACAAGGCAAUCGGAGCUUCAUUCAUGGGAUUGGCGGUGAUGGUGAUAAUGGUGGUUCUCUUGAAACGAGCUUAAUUACUCCCAGAAAGAGUACUAAUUAGCUGCCUAGAAAGAAUCUUCAGAAACCAUUUUGGUUCUCAGUUUGGAUUAGUUAAUGUUUAUGUUUGUUAGAUCUCAUCAUCUCACCCCUCAUUCGCCAUUAGGCAAUCAAUUAGUUACACCAAACAUCAUUAUGUUGCCUUUUCAUUUCUACCAUUUUCAUCAUAAGUUGAAUGUUUACUAAAAUCGUUUGGGUUGUAUGGAUAUACAAAAAUCGAACAGAAUACAAAAAUGAUAUUCCACAUUACAAUAUGAAUUACUAACUCCUUCCCCUAAGUUUGGAACAAAGGGGUGUGGUGUGGGUUUUAAGAAAAA